AUGACGCAGGGUCCGGGUGGCCGUACGGCCCCCGAGCCCGAGGCGCCCACCACCUUCUGCGCGCUGUUGCCGCGCAUGCCUCAGUGGAAGUUCGCGGCACCCGGCGGCUUCCUAGGUCGCGGUCCGGCGGCGGCGCGCGCGGCGGGGGCGGCCGAGGCGCAGCCCGAGCCAGGGGUCCCCGCGCUGACCGCCGUGCUGGGCGCCUGCGAACCGCGCUGCGCCGCGCCCUGCCCGCUGCCCGCGCUCGGCCGCUGCCGGGGUUCCGCGACGCGGUGCGCACGGGGGACCCCAGACGUCGCCGAUGAGUGGGCGCGCAAGGGCGGCUUCAUCCACAAGCCGGCUCACGGCUGGCUGCACCCCGACGCCAGGGUCCUGGGGCCCGGGGUCUCUUACAUCGUGCGGUACAUGGGCUGUAUUGAGGUGCUCCGAUCCAUGCGCUCUCUGGAUUUCAACACCCGAACGCAAGUGACUAGGGAAGCCAUCAACCGGCUCCAUGAGGCCGUGCCUGGCGUCCGAGGCUCCUGGAAGAAGAAGGCCCCAAACAAGGCGCUGGCUUCCAUCCUGGGGAAGAGCAACCUGCGUUUUGCUGGCAUGAGCAUCUCAGUCAACAUCUCUGUGGAUGGCCUCAACCUGUCUGUUCCUGCUACCCGCCAGAUCAUCGCCAACCAUCAUAUGCAGUCCAUUUCCUUCGCUUCGGGUGGUGACACGGACGUGACUGAUUAUGUGGCCUAUGUAGCCAAGGACCCCAUCAACCAGAGAGCCUGCCACAUCUUGGAAUGCUGUGAGGGUCUAGCCCAGAGUAUCAUCAGCACUGUAGGCCAAGCCUUCGAGCUACGCUUCAAGCAAUACCUGCACAGUCCCCCCAAGGCCAUAGUGCCUCCUGAAAGGCUGACAGGGCUGGAGGAGUCGGCCUGGGGUGACAACGAUGAGGCUCUGGACCACAAUUACUAUAACAGCAUUCCAGGGAAGGAACCGCCCCUGGGUGGGCUGGUGGACUCCAGACUGGCUGUCACACAGCCGUGUGCCCUGGCGACACUUGGAGGCCUCGGACAGGGAAUGUCACCUGCACGGAGAGAUGCCCGGGGCUUGCCGUGGGACAUGGAUCCCUCUGGAACAGCCCCACCUGGGGAUGGCUACGUGCAGGCAGAUGCUCGAGGGCCACAUGACUACGAGGAGCACCUGUACGUCAACACCCAGGGCCUGGAUGCUAUGGAGUCUGAGGACAUGUUCGAGGCCCCUCUGCUGCCUGAGGACAGCCCCAAGAAGGACCUGUUUGAUAUGCGACCCUUUGAGGAUGCCCUGAAGUUGCACGAGUGCACAGUCGCAACAGGCAUCACUGCAGCUCCGUUCCCUUUGGAGGACCAGUGGCCCAGCCCCCCUACCCGCAGGGCCCCCAUUGCACCUACAGAGGAGCAAUUGAGGCAGGAGCCCUGGUACCAUGGACGCAUGAGCCGUCGGGCUGCGGAGAAGCUGCUUCGUGCCGAUGGGGACUUCCUUGUGAGAGACAGCAUCACCAACCCGGGGCAGUAUGUCCUCACAGGCAUGCAAGCAGGGCAGCCCAAACAUCUGCUGCUGGUGGACCCCGAGGGUGUGGUGCGGACGAAGGACGUGCUGUUUGAGAGCAUCAGCCACCUCAUAGACUACCACCUGAAGAACGGGUUGCCCAUUGUGGCUGCCGAGAGUGAGUUGCACCUGCGGGGAGUGGUCUCCCGGGAGCCAUGAGCCAGGUGAUGAUGGUUCUCAACACAGCUUCUACCCCCAGAGGCCCUUGCAGUGGCCUUGAGGGCACAGCCCUUUUCUC